AAAAACAACAACAACAAAACGAAAUUAUCAAAUUACCGUUUUGGUCAUCAUCAAUUCAUCAAUUGUUGCAUCUUCUAUCUGUUAAUCAUUUGUGAAUAUGGCUCUAAAACUUUUGGUUGGCCAAAAGAUUAUGAACGAUGUUGUUCGUGCUAGCCGAAAGAAAGGCGAAUGGAAAGUAUUGAUUGUUGAUCAACUUGGAAUGAGAAUGAUCUCAUCAUGCUGUAAGAUGCAUGAAAUUGCCACAGAAGGUAUUACCAUUGUUGAGGAUGUUGGAAAGAAACGUGAACCAUUACCCAAUAUGGACGCCAUUUAUCUCAUUUCGCCGAUGGAUAGGGAGUCGAUUCGAUUAUUGCAACAAGAUUUUCUCAGCACUCGUUGUGCACUUUAUCGAGCAGCACAUGUAUUUUUCACCGAAACAUGUCCGGACGAUCUAUUUAAUGAAUUAUCGAAAAGUCCUUGUGCAAAACAUAUUAAAUCACUGAAGGAGAUAAACAUUGCUUUUCUUCCAUACGAAUCACAAGUAUAUUCAUUGGAUUCGGCCGAAGCCUUUUCAAUGUUUUUCAGUCCCAACAAAGCAAUGAUACGUUUACAAGCACAAGAAAGAUUGGCUGAACAAUUGGCCACAUUGUGUGCAACGCUUGGUGAAUAUCCCAGUAUUCGUUUUCGUUCGGAUUUCGAACGAAAUAUUGAAUUUGCAAAUGCUGUGCAACAGAAAUUGGAUGCAUACAAAGCGGAUGAACCGACCAUGGGCGAAGGGCCAGAAAAAGCACGUUCACAAUUGUUGAUAAUCGAUCGAGGAUUCGAUUGUGUGUCACCAUUAUUACAUGAACUCACAUUCCAGGCAAUGGCCUAUGAUCUAUUGAACAUUGAGAAUGAUGUUUAUAAAUUCGAAAUUCAACAGGCAAAUGAAAUUCGUGAAAAGGAAGUUCUUCUCGACGAAAAUGAUGAAAUCUGGGCCGAAUUACGUCAUCAACAUAUUGCUCUAGUCUCACAAAAUGUAACGAAACAAUUGAAAAAGUUCGUCGAAAGCAAACGAAUGAAUACCAGUGACAAAACUAGUCUCAAAGAUCUGUCGCAAAUGAUUAAAAAGAUGCCGCAAUAUCAAAAAGAACUGAGCAAAUAUUCCACACAUUUGCAUCUGGCUGAAGAUUGUAUGAAACGUUAUCAAGGAUAUGUGGAUAAAUUGUGUCGAGUCGAACAGGAUUUGGCUAUGGGCACCGAUGCCGAAGGUGAAAAAAUCAAGGAUCCAAUGCGAAAUAUUGUUCCCAUUUUGUUGGAUCAGAAUUUCGAAAUUUUCGACAAAAUCCGUAUCAUUCUGCUUUACAUUCUUUCGAAAAAUGGUAUUAGCGAAGAGAAUCUAACCAAAUUGAUUCAACAUGCACAGAUUCCAGUAUCGGACAAAUCGAUCAUAACAAAUAUGAGUCAUUUAGGAGUAAAUAUUGUAACCGAUGGUAGUCGUCGUAAAGUAUAUCAAUAUCCUCGUAAAGAACGAAUUACGGAGCAAACUUAUCAGAUGUCGCGAUGGACACCGGUCAUCAAAGACAUUAUGGAGGAUGCAAUCGAAGAUAAAUUGGACCAGAAACAUUUUCAGUAUUUACCUGGACGUGGUGCACCCACUAGUUAUGGGCGUCCAGCACCCACCAGUAUGCGUUAUGGUCAUUGGCACAAAGAGAAAAAUUCAUUGAAUAUCAAAAAUGUUCCUCGUUUGAUUGUUUUCAUAUUGGGUGGUGCAACAUAUUCCGAAAUGAGAUGUGCUUAUGAAGUGACUACAGCAUCAAAGAAUUGGGAAGUCAUUAUCGGAGGCGAUCACCUAAUGAUGCCAUCAAGUUUUCUUGAAGAUUUACGUUCGCUGAACAAUUGAAACACCCACCGGAUUCGUCGUUUUUAAUAUAUAGUCCUUUCUUUCUGUUGUUUUAUUUGACAAAUUCACAUUUGAUAACAUUCAUUCAUUUUUGUUUGUUGCUAUAUAGAAAAUAGAUGUUGCAUUCUAUUUGAUUGAUUUGCGAUGUGCACACAAAUUGUUUUCCUCCUCAACAUGACUAAUCAAUGAACAAUCAUUCGUUUUUUUCGUUGUUGUUUCUACAUUUAUCUACAUUAGAACAUUAACGGUGGUUAUAUAUCAUCUGAUGAUAUAUCAACAGAUGUUUGUGAGUGUGUAUGUAAAAUGGUUUGCAGUGAAAAGUAAAAAUUUAGAAAAAAAAGUUGUUUUAUUUAUUCAUGAAAAACUUCAAUUACAUUUCUAUAUUAAAAGAUUAUUCUUUCUUCUUCGAUUGA